AAGCCCACUCACACACACACACACACACACACACACACGCCAACCUCCCCUUCACUCUCCCCCCUCCUAAGCCCAGCAGGGCAGGGCAGGGCAGGGCUACAAGGACCCAGGGGAAUUCCAAUCAGUCUUCCGGGUGCAAGGCGAGCCCCCCCCACUUCCCUGUGAGCAAGGUCGCAGUGGGAUCCUUGGCCACCCUUGGCUAGCUCCAGAAGCCCAGGUCGGUGACUCCUGAGGCACCAGCGAUGGCAAGCCCCCGGCACCCCGUGUCGGUAUGCACCCUGGCCCUAGUGCAGACCAAGCAGCUUCAGCCCCUCCAACUUUCCUCCCAACAGACAUUUGCCUUCUCGGUGGGCUGGUCAGACAACAGCGACAGCUUUGUGCGCCGCAGCUGGGGGGAGUUCAAGACACUCCAUGAGACCCCCACCCUUCCAAGGGAAUCGGUGGCCUCUCAAGAGACCGAUUCGCCCCUUCUCCCUCAGAAGACCCUCAAGAGAACCUUCCCGGUAGAGGCGGGCCUGCUACGGAGAUCAGACCGGGUUCUCCCUAAGCUUCGCGACGCCUCGCUGUGGGUGCGCGGCGGACGCACGGGCCGCGGCCUGGCGCGCUUGCGGCUGCUGGAGACCUACUCGCGGGCGCUGCUGGCGGCGGCGGAGCGCGUGUCCCGGAGCCCGGUGCUCACCGGCUUCUUUGCGCCGCAAGCCCUGGACCUGGAACCCACGCUGCCACCUGGCAGUCUGGUGAUCCUGCCCGCCCCUGAGGAGCCCCUGACCCGCCCGCCGGGCAGCCUCACCAUCCACGGCCUGGAGGCUCAGAGUCUGCGCUGCCUGCAGCCCUUCAGCACCCAGGACACUCGGGGCCAGCCUUUCCAGGCACGGGCCCAGGAGGCCCUAGACGUGCUGCUACGACACCCCUCAGGCUGGUGGCUGGUGGCAAACGAAGACCAGCAGACAGCAUGGUUUCCUGCUCCCUACCUAGAGGCGGCAGCCGAGGGCCAAGAGCAACAGGCCCCAGGGAGCAGUGGGCUCCAGUUCUGCGCUGCCCGUGCCUAUGAGAGCAGCCGCGAGGAUGAACUGACCGUGCCCGCGGGGGCACGCGUUCGCGUGCUGGAGACCUCCGAUCGUGGCUGGUGGCUCUGCAGGUUCGCCGGGCGCUCAGGUCUUCUCCCGGCGGUGCUGCUUCGACCAGAGGGCCUGGGCGUGCUCCUGAGUAGAUCGGGGCUCCACCACGAGGCCAACCGUGAGGAGGUCAGGGUGCGGGCGGCCCAAGGUUCCUCUGAGGCCCCCCAGGCCACGACCCUUCCCCCUAUGGUGCCCGCCCGCCCCACGCUGAAUGCCAUUCAGAGUCGCUGCUGCACCAUCACCCGCAGGGCACUAGUGCACAAGGACCCUCUUGAGGGUGUGUGGAAGUGCGCAGAGGACAAGCCAAGUGCCCCAGACCCGGGAGAGGGCUGACGCCGGCCACCCUCAGGGCUGGGGGAGGAGCCUGUGAGGGACACUUGGCAGGCAGGGCCUGGAAACUCCUCCCCCACUGCCUGAGUAAAGCUCUCCUGACCCAUCCACA